AUGACAGAUAUGAGACGUUCUCUUAGAGCUUUCGCUCAACAUUCUCAAACAAGUGAGGGUCGAGUCAUCAUGUGGGACACGGUGGACGAUGGCAUCUCCGUUGCACAUGGGGUUGUGAAGCGGAGCUAUAGUUGGUGCCGUUACUAUAGCGCACUCAGCUGGAUUGGAUCCGGCUCUGCUGUUACAGAUGCUGAAGACGCCUUCACCCAAACUAUACAGGAUGAGCCCCUAGGUGCUUUAGCAUUUCUCAAGGACGAAAACAUCGUCAAGCUGCAGCAAACAUGGAAGACAAAUGAUACGAUAGCUCACAAGUCACAAGUCGAUAAUGUUAUGUACAAAUCGCUCGAGGGUCUUAUUCCAGGACUUACCACUAAGCUGUUACCUAUAUCUACCUCCUGUCGCCAUCGUGCCGAAACCAGCGAGGUAGUCCUCCAUGGUGGCGAUAUUGACUUGACCUUGCCUCAGAGAACAAAUUCCUCCAACGCCUUCGACACCUCAAUCGACGGUCAUUCAUACAGUGGUCUCGGAUGCUUUGCCAUUGGUCUCGAGUGCUCGGCUGAAGAUCUCGAUGAGAUUGUUGUCGCACAACGUCGUCUAGCACAGCUCAAUCUACUUCAAGAAGUCAAGAAAGACUCCUUACGGGCCGCGCUCAAACAGUUACAAACUUUGCACACUUCCAGUAAUUUUGUGCUCUGUGACGAAGAGACAAGACAAGCUUUGGCAAACCUUAUUUCCCUGAUGGAAAAUAGGGGAACCACUUUCGAAAGCGCAAAUGUCAAGAUAUUCACUGGAUUACGGUCCGGCUUCAGAAGUGCUGCCGAUCGACAAUUUUGGGGAGUCUAUGACACGGACGAAUUGCAAAACGCCCCUGGCAUGAGCGACUGCAUCAUAGCCUUGUGUCAGUACCUCUUACUCGAUGCUCCGUCGAUGGCACAGCUUCGCCGUCAAAAUGCUUUCAGUUUUAUGUUCGGCGAAACUACUGUCGAGGACCUAAUCAGCUCGAGGAUAUCGUGGUAUCGAAGUCAAGGACGUGAACAUCCGAGUGCCACAGCAGCAUUUUCACUUUUCAACGAGACUGUCGCUAGCAUUGAGAAUGCAUUGAUGAAACAGCAGUCUGAGAAGCUAUCACAGUUGCAGAAGGUACUUUCCAUAAUGCUGCAGCCAGACAGUAUCGACGCUGCAGCUGAUCUCUUUGCACUCGCCGUUUUCUGCGCCAUUAGAAAACUUGCCUUUCACGAAGUCUAUCUCGAGGUGCUCGAUCGCAAUCCCCUUCCUAAUGCACAGCCUGAUCAAGCUGGUUGCUUCGCUGAAAUGUUUGCUCUGGGUUCGCGAUGUGAGGCUUACUUCGACGUAACACCUACAGAAUUUGGAAGGAUACUUGCUAGCAGGUACGACGUCUACUACAAGCAACAUCAGCCACCAAUGCGCGACGACCUUACAACUGAAAUUCCUACUGCAUAUGCAUCCAAGCAAGUGGACCUCGAAGUCAAUGCAGAAGCAGACAAGCUGCCUAUGUAUUACCAAUUUACUUUCUUGGGCAUGUUUGCAUUUCCAGCGCUUGUGGAUAUCGUGCUGCUGACAACCCUUGGACGUGGCCUAUACCUAAGCACCUACAUGAACGAAGACGAAAAGUUCAUGGCGACCACAGCUUUGAUGAUCUCAUUGUUCCUUACAGGAGGAAUUGGGACAUGGGUAGCCAGUGGUGGAAGUUACUAUCUAUACGCCAUGGCAUAUCCUGCUAUGAAUAUGUUUGUAAUAACAAGAUGGAUCGCUGGCGUCGCGUUAUGCUGUGGUGCCGGUAUACUAGGAUUUGUUGUCAUCGCAGCAGUUAAGGGUCCAUACCUGGCAGCAAUCUUCUUCCUGUAUCUGAUUCUGCUGACCACUUACUUGUCGACACUGGCGACGAUGGCCAUUUAUCAGUUACCUGGAUUCAUGUUCCAAUCAGGUCGAAUCAUGGUUGCAAUGUGCAUACCAAUACUCUUCGUGUCACCUCUGGUCACUCUUUGGGUCGGUCACGAUACUCUAAUAUACCUCUGUGUACUGGCAGUCUUUGUUGUUGCUUUACUCAAUGGAUCCCGGAAAGUGCUGUCAAAAUGGUCGAGCUGGUACUUGGACAUACCUUUUGUCACGGACAAAGAUAUCACAAAUUGGUAUACAGAAACUAUGGAAAUCAACGUGCCGCUCGAGUCGGGUAUCGAUGUAUUGACAACCCCAAUACCACGCUUAGCACUUAUGGACAAAGUCACUCGAGAGCUUCAACGACCGUUCUGGGUCAAAGCCACAUCGGAUCAGCUCGUUCUCAAGGUCGCAAGUGGUCACAAGUCAGCGAAAUUCCUGCUAUCAUGGUACUGCAAGUAUUCUCGAACAGAAAUGCCGUUCCCAUACAGUACCACCUGGAAUCUUCAGUGCAAGGCAGCAGUCGACACACUCCAGAGCAUGCAGAAAGGACUCCGCCUCCAUAGUGCUUUCGUUCACUGGCGGCACUCUGGAGACGAGGUAUAUUGUGGUGUACUCUACUUUGUGAUAGCCCUGAUGGAUAAAUGGGUUGCACUGUUCACUGGCGGAUCCCUGGUCGGGUUGUCAGCAGCUGAUAGCGACCAGUUCCGUCUGGCUGUUGGUUUUUCACUGGCGUAUUAUCUUAUCAGUGCUAUUUUCCUCGAUGCUGUCGCGCACCCACUCUGGGCUCGAGCCAACAAACUUGAUCCGAUUCGCGUUGAUUCUCUAGACAUGCUACAGGAGGUGGAGCGAGAAGGCAAAGUCCGACGACGAAGACUCUAUUGGACAAAACUCACCAAAUUCGGAUUUCUGCAUGCAUGGGCGAUGAUAGUCUCCUCGGCGCUCAUGUGGUUCUUCGAGGACAAUACUGAUGCAACCAUCAUGUACCUGGGCUAUUGGGCUGCUUACAUGGGACUGCUUUUCUAUCAAUUCAACAGAAUCUUCACUGGGACUUUGGCAUUACCAGAUCUGCUCGUCGCUUCCGUACUUGGACUGAUAACAGGACCAGUGAUGAAAUAUUACCUUCCAUGGUUUCCAUAUUGGGGCGUUGUUGCGCUUGGAGUAUCGACAUGGACUGCAGGACUCUUGUCGUUACGAACUGCUAAGGUCGGGUGGUUCAAACAAUCCUCGAGAUUGAAAUGCUCCGACUCAAUGACUCCUCAAUUUUUCUGCAACGAUGCUCUGGCACAGAACAUCCUCACUUCGCCUGCAGAUAUGGGGAAGUUGUUCGACGAUAUGUGCAAUAUAGAUGUUGAUCAUAUCUUCCGCGUUAAUUCCUCAACAUAUCCGGGAGUCGAAGUCAAACAAUAUCUAUCACCUCAGAAUCUUACAACCUUAUCGCCCUUAAUCAGCAGUGCAUUCACCUCAAUAGACCAUAUAAUGACCAGGAUUGUUGACCUAUGGGAGUCAGCACACAUUACCGUCGAACUUGUCUCAGGCAGUGAGCUCUCUCAGGAGGGUCGAAAACUCAGGUAUAUCGCUCGCAGCUUACAAGGGCAACUGCAUAUCUUCCUCCCUAUGUCAUUUAUGCGAGACGACAAUUGUCCAGUGGAAGUAACUAAUCAAAAUUGCAAAAUUAUUGCAGAGACUAUCUUGCAGGCGUUCUCAGAGUCAAUAUUGGCAAUGCCUCGAGACCAGUCGAUCUUGACGCAAUUAACUAUAUCACCUAGCAACAACAACAGUAACAUCUAUUUGUCAGCAAGCAUGGAGAAACAGAUGCGCGAAUAUCCAGGCCAUUACGAUACCAGCGGCAGUUUCUUUCAGAGAAAAAGACUCAAUCACCUGAUUCUGGGACUGGACUGUGACAAGGACUGGGACAACAUGCCCUUGCACGUAAGGUCAAUCCUUUUUCGAAGGUGUCUCGGCUUGCCUUGCAAGGUCAACGAAGAGUUCUUCGCUUUCAUGUCGUCCAAGCUCACCAAAUCCAAUGUCUUAAGUCUGACAGAAUACAUUCAUCGCUGCAAUCUCGGUGUAUACACUAUCGAACAUAUCGACGAGGUUGGCAGAAGAUUGCGAACUCACCAGUCGUCUAACAAUCACUCACUUUCUAGAAAGCCUUCCUUUGCUGCCGCCUCAACUUUUGCAUCAACAAACCGAAUUCAUGCACAUCGCAGGCACGAACAUAUAACUCGAAUCAUCCCCAAUCCAGUCCUUCGGCUUUAUCAAAGCAUCAGGGUUGCCAUGAAGUUCUUCAUCGUUUCGAUUGUGGCUGAUCCAGAAUUCCAGCGGGAGCUCGAUUAUGUCAUGUCUGAUAAGCCGCGCAUUUUACGUUGGCCCUUGAAAGUCGUUCUCAAUGGUAGCUGGAUCACAUGCAAGGCUUUACAAGAGGCCUUACUUCCACUCCUUCUCAUUCACGAUCGUGAGCAUUUUGCGAAGUUGUCCAAAAUGAUGAAAGGAGUCAAAGUCACUAAGCGAAAGGAACGAGUUCUUAUUCAAGAUGCAAAUGGUGUAUCGACAUGCUUCUCCAAGACAAACUCUAAUGGUGGCGUCGAUCUGUAUCAAUAUUCUGGUCAACAUCUGUCUCAGCCCGAGACUGACAAGGAAUUGAUAUCGAAAAAUUCGUACACAGAUCGGCUUGUUCUUAGUAGUCGUGUCGAAUACUCGAAGGCUACAGUUCAAAACGAGUAUACUUAUGAGUAUGCUCGUGGUGGAAAAGGCCUUAGUGCUCGAAUACCUGUCACUCGGAGAUGUAUCAGAGGAGCGAACAACGAUCAACUCGUCGAAUAUGAUGACCGAGGGUAUAUGGCAUCUGGCUCUUAUAUUAAAGAUGGAAACUUCACUAGGUUCACAUUCUGGUAUCGAGAGAACGCCAGAUUUGAUGAUGAGCUGCUACGUGCUGAGUACGUCCUUCCACAUAUGACCAUCAAAAUCUCGUGGUGUGUGCCUUCACGGAAAACUCCCAAACAGCUCGACAAGGCAAUUCCCAACUCAAAUGUCGUCGAGGCAACCUUUUUCGAGACUGGUCGUGUUCACCACAGCAGAUGGACGUACGACCACAAGUCACAUCCAGCAAUCAUCACGACUUUGAAUGGUGCUCAAGUUGAAACGCCGGCAAUGAUCAAAUAUGAUUGGUUCGAUAUCUUGAAGAAACCGAAAAACUGCAACAUUUUCGCCGACAAUCCAAUUCUACUAUUUCAUUCGUUGAAGGGGAACUUCUUCACCCGAAUGCUUGGUCUAGAUACUCAGCAAUAUCCCAUCUCCACAUCACUUGCGAGAGCCAACCUGUGGAAGGCCUGGAAAAACAGCAAGAAGUUCGACGCCAUCACGACUCGUUGGCUCGACGAAAGAACACUGCGAUCUGAUCGCAUUCUGCAAACGUAUUGGAACGCUCGUGACACUGGUCGCCUGUCCACAGCUGAGGCGUAUUUGGAUGCCUAUGCUGAUACCGUCAUGGCUAGAGUCGAUAUCGACUCCGAGAUCAGUGCUUGGACUCCAUUCGCACUAAAGACCAGCGAUCUCUACACCUUUGGAACAGGAGGAGACGCAGUGAUUAAUACCAGAAGGGCGUCAACUCAGGUUCGAGAUCAGCGAGAUACGUUACAUGUGCUCGCCGUGGACACAGGAACAUAUCCUAAUGAAGGAGGUGGAGUCUCAGCCUGUCGCCGCGACAUGGUGAACGAUUUGAAGACCAUCAGAUGGCACAUCGUCGCUGAAUGUGCGAACGAUUAUGGUUUCCCCAAAUUUCAGAUUGAAAGGAAUGUUCAGUCGUUGACAAUCCUUCCGCUGUGGGGCUUGGAUUACCUGACGCCAAAUCAUGGUAUCUUCCAAAAACACCUGGACUCUGCCGUGCAGGAGAAGUCGCACAAUACCAGUGACCAUGACAUUCGGACAAAUUUCAUUCCAAUCUUGACAAGUCUUGUGCAAUGUGCGAGAGCUGUCAAGCUACAUCCAUACCACAUUGAGCAAGCCACGAAAGCUCUUCUGGAUCUCAAUGGGUAUUUUGAAACAUACCGCCAUUGGAGUGAUAUCUGGAUGAGUGACGUUGUCAAGUCAGCUUGGCGAGAGCUUUGGCUUACUGAGACGAUGGAGAACACCCGUCCUUUAUCACAAUGGCUUGAGGCCGAACGUCCCACUCUUGGUCACCUUGAUAACGCUCUCGAUAUGUGGCAGAGAUAUCUGUUCAUAUUCUCACUACCAGUGCCAGAGAAGAUUCCAGAUGUCGUUCAAGCUUCACACCACUUUGCUGCCGGCUCCUAUGGCAUCAUCUGCAAAAUCAAGCGUGGCUCUUCGUUCCAUGUUUGGGACCAUUGUAUUGCAUGGAGGGAGGUCACUGUCUUCUUGUCGUCAGCCAUGUCCUUCGAUGCGCCAUUCGUGUGCUCAUCGCUGAUCUCCCUAUCAAGAAUUUUGGGUGUUCUCCAGUUGCACUACGCAGACGUCGUCCUGCCAUGCGCAGACUUCUUCAAUCCUGGCUGGGAAAUCGAGAUCGGUUCGAUUGAGGGAACUUUGUGCCAUCGUAAAGAAUUUGCUCGAAAAAUUGACCCUGUCGUCAACGGUAUCUGUAACAUGGACAGCUUCCAACCAAUCAAGAAGAUCACUUCAGCAAAACCGACGGUAGUCAUGCUAUCACAUAUCAGAUUUGUCAAGGACAUCAAAAAUGCUAUCUUGGCUGCCGACAUCAUUGUCAACGAGUGGGGACUUUCAGAUUACCGUCUCGAUAUCUAUGGUGACAUGGAGCGAGCGCCAGCAUACGCUACUGAGUGCCAGGAGAUCAUUGCUGCCAAGGGUCUUCGAGACUACGUCGUCUUGCGAGGACUUGGUAGUCCCUCGAAAGUGCUCGAACAGGCUUGGCUCUUUCUGAACUCGUCAGUCUCGGAAGGUCUUCCACUCGCUAUGGGUGAAGCAGCUCUCACAGGUGUGCCAGUGGUAUGUACCGAUGUUGGAGCCUCGUUUCGAGUCGUCACAGACAGCAAAACGGGUGAGGCAUUUAGCGCUGUCUGUCCGCCAAAUGAUCCUUAUUCACUAGCACGUGCACAAAUCAGUAUCAUAGCCUUACUAGGAGGAUGGGCCAAGUUCGCAGACGAUCCGGCUGGUUUCAAGGCCCCAGACCUGCCACUUAGACCGACUGCUGAGCAAUCUGCAGCUAUUAUGAAACGAAUGUACGAAAAACAGGAGCAGAGGCGAGCCUUAGGUAUGCGUGGGAGGUCGAAUGUCCUCGAAAACUUCUCUAGCGAUCGCUAUCUGCGCGAGCAUGAACAAAUGCUCUGGAUUGCGAAGUACCAGAGUCAAAGCUAUCGCGACCGUGUUUUCAAGAAGGUCCAUGGCCUCGAUUUUGGUGUUGUGGGAACUGAAUCAGCUUCAGGGUCAGGAUCACAUUCUAGAACGGACAGUGAGGUUGUACAGGAAAAGCAAUUGGUCCGAUAUGGUGUUAGAGCAGACAUGGAUUCUGUAUGA